AUGUACAACUCGCAGACGCCCGACCGCGGCUCGUUCGGUGCCAUGGCUGGCAAUUCCACACAGCCGCCGAGCUUUUCAGAAAGAUGCUUCGGCGGUGCCCCGGCCAUCCCCGGGUCUGUGAUUCUGAGCGCUGGCUUUGGUCUCUCAGGUGUUGCAGAGACCCUAAUCAACGCGCUACACCGAAGAGGGCCUGAAUCACUGCAUUCGUUGACGGCUGUUUCCAACAAUGCCGGCGUUGAAGGCAAGGGGGGCCUCGCCGUGCUGACAGAGGCUGGACAGCUUGACCGCCUCAUUAUCUCGUAUCUUGGUAACAACAAGAACCUUGAAAAAAAGUAUUUGGCUGGAAAGAUUGCUGUCGAACUAUGUCCACAGGGGACGCUGGCCGAGCGCAUCCGGGCGGCUGGUAGCGGUAUACCGGCGUUUUUUACACCCACCGGUGCCCACUCCCUAUUACAAGAAGGCGAGAUCCCUGUACGUCUCGGCCCGGACGGUAGUGUGGCCGAACGUGGACGUGUGCGCGAGACUCGUGAGUUCAAUGGGCGGACAUUUCUCAUAGAGCCCGCUCUUCCCGGUGAUGUGGCCAUUCUGCGUGCCCACAAGGUCGACCGCGCUGGCAAUUGCGUCUUUCGAUAUUCCACGAAAGCAUUUGGACCGCUUAUGGGCAAGGCGGCCAAGCUGACGAUCGUCGAAGCCGAGAAUAUUGUCGAGUUGGGUGAAAUCGACCCUGGAGAGGUUGACUUGGCUGGCAUCUACGUGGAUCGUAUUGUGCCUGCAACAGUACCAAGCAAAAUCGACAUUCUCAAAACGCGUGAACCCGAGACGGGGAAGGCUGCGUCUACUGCUACCUCAAUGACACCAAACACGGCAGCUGAGAAGCGAUUACGUAUUGCACGGCGUGCCGCCAAGGAACUGCACCCCGGGUUUUAUGUCAACCUCGGCGUUGGUAUCCCGACGUUAGCGCUGUCUUUUUUAGCACCAGACGAGAAAGUCUGGAUUCAGUCGGAAAACGGAAUUCUAGGAAUGGGCCCAUAUCCUCUUCCUGAAGAGGUCGACCCUGAUAUUGUCAAUGCUGGUAAAGAAACUGUUACCUUGGUACCGGGUGCAGCCACUUUCGACAGUUCUGAAUCCUUCGGCAUGAUCCGAGGAGGCCACGUCGACGUGUCGAUCUUAGGAGCACUUCAGGUUAGCGCCACUGGUGAUCUCGCCAAUUACAUGAUACCUGGUAAAAUUUUCAAGGGCAUGGGCGGUGCUAUGGAUCUUGUGUCCAACCCUGACAAGACCAAGAUUGUUGUCGCCACUGAGCACGUCGCCAAGGAUGGUUCCUCCAAGAUUGUCCAAAACUGUUCACUUCCACUUACUGGUGCCCGCGUUGUGAGUACAAUAAUCACCGACCUUUGUGUCUUUGAGGUUGAUCGUCGCGGGGGCAGCGGUCUGACUUUAACUGAACUUGCCCCUGGUGUGACUGUGGAUGACAUACAGCAGAACACGGACGCAACAUUCACUCUGGUAGACAAGAUGAAGCAGAUGGAGUAG